UCUGGCAACGGAGAGUGUGGGGGCCGCGGGAGGGCUCGGGCGGCCGUCAACACAAACCCUCGGCGGCGGUGAUCGAUGGCGGCGGCCUCGUCCGUUUUGACCGCUCACCACUGACGCCCGGCCCGACCCCAUGACCUCCAAGAACGUGGUGGUGACCCUGGAGCUGGGCCACCGGGCGACGGUGCGGCAGGUGCGUCCGGGGGAGGUGUUCACCCACGACUGGGAGGUGUUCAUCCAGGGUGCCAACGGAGCGCGGGUGGAACACUUUGUUGAGAAGGUCAUAUUCACCCUGCACAAGUCCUUCGCCAAGCCCCGGAGAGUGGUGAAGGCGCCCCCAUACCGGGUGAGUGAGAAGGGAUAUGGCAGCUUCAACCUCCCCAUUGAGAUCUACUUCAAGACAAGUCACCCCAGCGACACCCGGAAGGCCCAGUUCGAGUAUGACCUCUUCCUUCAGCACAUCGAGUCACCACCCAUCAGCCAUGUUCGGAAGGAGAAGCUCACCUUCCUCAAGCCUUCCGAGGACCUCAAGCGACUACUCCUGCAGGGGGGCGGGGUCGUAGUCUCGGGGCAGGAAGAGUCGGGGCUGGGGGACAAGACCUCCGUGUCCCGGCCGUCCAGCGGGGCCAAGAUCAAGCCCCACCCCGCCGCCCCGCACCACCCCGCCCCCGCCAGCCAGACCGCAUCAGACACGCACGCACAGACGAACAAACGCCACAACAAGCAUCAGGCAGGCAAGGACAACCGAGGGCGGCCGGACACAGCCGCCAACAAAGUCUCCGAUCAAUUCUCUGCACUCUUCGGCGAACCCAUUAAAAAAGUUGCUGAGACCCGCCGCCCCAAGCCGCCCAAGGACAAGCCGCCCCAAGCCGCCGCCCCCCCGCCCACCGACAAGCCCCCCUCCUCCACCUCCAUCCCCCCUGACAAACCUCCACCACCACCUCCACCUUCCUCACACCACCACCACCAUAAGGAGAAGUCUAGCACCUCCUCCACCUCCUCCUCCUCCAAAUCCUCCUCCGAGAAGAAGAAGGACAAGCACAAAGAGAAGACCUCCUCCUCCUCCUCCACUUCUGUCGGAGGAGGAGGAGGAGGAGGAGGGGAGGAGAGAGGAGGGAAGGACCGCCCUCCGCAUAAAAGUCCGUCGAAGGGGAGGAAGGAGAAGGAGAGGGAGAAGAAGAAGGAGGGGGGGAGGGAAGGAGGAGGAGGAGGAGGGCAUAAGCACUCCUCCUCCUCCUCCUCCUCCCACCACCACCACCAGAGGGAGAAGGACCCCCCGCCCCAGCCGCCACCCCCUGUCGCAGCUGCCCCGCCCCCACCCCGCCGCCCCGCCCCGACUCCCUCCCCCACCCCCUCCAAGCGCUCGCUCUCCCCCGCCGUGAAGUCUGACCCCAGUGCCAAAAAGAAGAAGGGGGCGGAGGGGGAGAGCCGCCCCCCAGCCGCCCCCCCGGAGGACCCGCCCCGGGAGAGGAAGAAGGAGAAGAAGAAGGAGAAGAAGGAGAAGAGGAGAGAGAAGGAGAAGGAAGGAGGGGGGGAGGGUGGCCGCCCCAUGGGCCCCCCCUUGUGGCCACCCCAAGCCACCCCUGGGGGAAGGGACGACCGCCCCGCCCCCGCCCCGCCCCCAGUUAGUAAAGGGGAGGAGAGGAGGGGGGAGCGGGUGGCCAAGGGGGGAGAGCACCGGGCCAGGAAGGACACCCCCGCCCCCCCUCAGCCGCCCCCGCCACAGCAGCUCAAAGAAAAGAAGAAGGAGAAGCCGCCCCCCGCCCCGCCCCCGCCGGCCCCCCCGCCCCCCCGGUCUAGGUCCUCCUCCAAGUCCUCCUCCAGGUCCCCCUCCCCCUCCCUCUCGGACUCCCCCUCCCCCUCCCCCGCCCGGUCCCGCUCCUCCUCCCGCUCCCCCGCCUCCCCCCCGUCCCCCGCCCCCCGCCGCUCCCCCUCCAAGUCACGGUCGCCCUCCAGGUCCAGCUGCGGGUCGGAGAGGUCAAGGUCGCGCUCAAGGUCACGCUCAAGGUCACGGUCAAGGUCGUUCUCGAGGUCACGGUCGUCCUCCCCCGCCCGCCCCGCCACCCGCCAGUCCUCCCCGUCCUCCUCCCCCGCCCGCUCCCCGUCACACUCCCCCUCACACUCCAGAUCAUCCUCCAGCAGCAGCAGUAGUCCGGGGCGGGUCGGGGCAGGUGAGGGGGUGGCCCCGGCAUCCGCCCCGGCCCCCAGCGGGGUGACGCACCCACUCCACCACCUGAUGGAAGACAUGAGCAGCUGUUCCUCCAGUGAGAGUGAGCCACCCCCCGCUCCGCCCCACGCCCCCUCCAGUGAGGACGAGGCCCCGCCCCAGGGGAAGACCGGGGUCAAGCGCGAGUCCCCAUCCCCAGCCCUGGCCCCGGCCCCCAAACGCACCCCAGCCAAGGACCGGAAAAAGCGUCGGUCCAGCCAGCGUGACACACCCACCACCACCACCACCACCACCAUCACCGCCGCCGCCAACACCACGCCCACCACCAACGCCACAACGAUAGGCUCACCGGACCACGACUCCUCCUCCGCCACCGCCGCCGUCACCACCGCGGCCGCCACCCCUCCCAGCGCGGCGCAGCUCCAGCAGUUGGUGGAGCUGCAACACAAGAUCAUGAGCUCCGGGGACCGCCGGCGCCUGCAGCAGGUGGUGGACAUCAUCGCCCAACACAGCGCCUUCCACCUCACCCGGGCACACUUCACCUUCGACCUCUGCUCCCUCAGCCCGCAGGUGGUCAAGGAAUUACAGGCGUGCUUCAGCCAGGGGUAGGACAGGAUGGCAGGGGAGGGGAGAGGGGAGAUUAUAUUAGGAGAGGUUAGGUUAGGUUAGGUUAGAUUAGGUGAGGUUAGGCUAUGUUAGAUUAGCAGAGGUUGGGAUAGGACAGGAUGGCAGGGGAGGGGAGAGGUCAGAACAUAUCAGGAGAGGUUAGGUUAGGUUAGCAGAGGUCAGAUUAUAUUAGGAGAGGUUAGGUUAGGCUAGGUUCGCAGAGGUCAGAUUAUAUUAGAAGAGAUUAGGUGAGGUUAGCAGGGGUUAGGUUAGGUUAGCGGAGGUUGUGAUAGGACAGGAUGGGAGGGGAGAGGUCAGGUUACAUUAGGAGAGGUUAGGUUAGGUUAGCUUUGGGUAGGAGAGGUUACAUUAGCUUUGGAUAGGAGAGAAAAGGCUAGGUCAGUGUAGGUUAGGAGAGGAGAGGAGAGAGGUCAAGUUAAGAUAGGAUAGGUCAGUCUAGCAAAGGUUAUGUUAGCUUAGGCAAGGUUAGACUAGGUUACAUUAGGUUCAGAGAGGUCAGACUGGACUCGGAAAGGUUAUGUCAGCUUAUGCAAGGUCAGGGGAGGUCAGACUAUACUAUACAAGGUUGUAUUAGGUCAGGCAACUUUACAUGAGGUCAGGAGAGGUACUAAGCUGGGCAAGGUUAGGUGAGGUCAAGGGAGGUCAAACAGUGCUACAAGGUUACGUCAGGUUACAUUGGGUGAAGUCAGGGAGGUCAGACUGUGCUGGGCAAGGCUACAUGAGGUCAAAGUGGGCUGGGCAAGGUUAUGUGAGGUCAAGGGAGGUCAAACAAAGCGCUACAAGGUUACAUUAGGUUACGUUGGGUGAAGUGAAGUCAGGGAGGUCAGACUGUGCUGGGCAAGGCUACAUGAGGUCAAAGUGGGCUAGGCAAGGCUACGUGAGGUCAAGGGAGGUCAAACUAGGUCGGGCAAGGUCAUUCAUGUCGUAAGCCGUUUCCUCCAUCCAACGACAUGUCUCUCGUCUGGGAAGGUCAGGUCGAUUUUAGACUAAAUUAAAAUAGGUCAGGUCAGGUCAGGUCAGACAUAAGUUAACUUGGGUUAGGUCAGGUUAGGUUCUAUACUCACCUCCAUCACUAGAAUCUUCCUCCUCCUCUUCCUCCUCCUCCUCCUCCUCCUCUUCCACGCACAACAUGGAAAAUUUACGUCACAAUUCUGGAUAUUUUUCAACUUGACGCCAUCCUUGUAAAAAAAUAUAUGUGGUUAGGUCACACACACACACACACACACACACACACACACACACA